CAUCGUGGCGCGCAGGCGCAACAAGAUCUUCUGGUUAGAGUAUCCAUUUUGAUCACAUGUGAGUAUCUCGAGCUGUUCUCGAUUUCGGUGAAAACUAAUGGUGCUAAUUGUCUGAACGAGCAAAGGAAAAUUAAGAAUUCGACAGUGAAACACCAACUGACCUACACAAUCUAUAAUGGCAGACAUUGAGGAUACUCACUUUGAGACUGGUGAUUCUGGAGCAUCAGUAACAUAUCCCAUGCAAUGUUCUGCACUGCGUAAAAAUGGUUUUGUCAUGUUAAAAUCUCGACCCUGCAAAAUUGUUGAAAUGUCAACUUCCAAGACUGGAAAACAUGGUCAUGCCAAGGUUCACCUUGUAGGUAUUGACAUAUUUACCUCAAAGAAAUAUGAAGAUAUUUGCCCUUCUACACAUAAUAUGGAUGUGCCGUUUGUUAAGCGAGAAGAUUACCAGCUGACAGAUAUAUCUGACGAUGGCUAUUUAUGUCUGAUGGCUGAUAAUGGAGAUCUUCGUGAAGAUCUUAAAAUACCAGAUGGUGAAUUAGGAGCUCAAUUACGUGCUGAUUUUGAGGCUGGAAAAGAAUUACUUUGCACUGUAUUAAAAGCUUGUGGCGAAGAGGUGGUAAUCGCCAUCAAAACCAACACUGCCCUCGACAAAUAAUUGUGUUCAGUUUUAAUCGUACACAACCAAACUAUCCGCUUAGCCAAUCGACACCUUAUCAUUGGUAAAAAAAAAACUUAAGUCCACAGUUCCAACCAACAGCAGUUCAGCAGCGGACAAAAACAUCUUUUUAUCAAAGUAACAUCUACUUACUAAUAUUCAAAACAAAACACAUGCUAAAGUUUCUAAGCAAUGUAAGACAAGAAGAAUUGGGUUCAUGGAAUUCGCAAUACCCAGUUUUAGACAUAUACAAUUGCAUACAUACACAGGCACACACAUACGUUGUUUGUUAUACAAAAGAUACAACUUUUCAACAAAGAGUUGAUUAAGAAAUAAAAAUUGAAAAAAGCCUUUACACAUCCUCGAUUUUUUUUUGGAGACUUCAGUAUUCAAUGUGUGGAAACAAUUUAUGUAAAAACCACAAAAGCUUUCUAACUUAAUAUACAUAUAAAGUAAAUAGACACGUAUUGCUGUUGAAGACCAAGGUUGAGAUGCAUUCUAUAGUGCGGAACAAUUUUUCAUAUGAAUUCGAUAAAUUUUUAUGUAUUAAUAAUACUUAGCAUCUUUUAAUUAUUGUUAUAUAAUUUUAUAGAUUAAAACUGGCAUAUGAUGCAAUUAUGUAGAUAAUCUGCAUAUUGUUAACAAUGGCUAUAGAAAUAACUUAUAACUUUACACACAAGCUUUAUAAGCACAGAAUGCUUACAGAAUGCUUUUAUAAAUUAUAAAUGCAUAAUUUCUAGUUGUACAAGUAUUAUUUAAAAGGCAAAUAAUAAGUUUUUAAAAAAGUCUAAAAAAAAUAAGUUCAUAGUAAUACAAAAAAUAAUCUCAUUUUUUUACAAUUUGCCUAAACUAUUUACAAUAUGUUCUUGUAACAUAUGAUAGUACUUCUUUCAAUAAACAUUUUUUACUAUAAAUCAUAUGACUGUUAUAUCAUAUAAGUUGUCUAGUAAAGGUAACUCUCAGUGAAAUAUCAUGACAAAUUUUAAUUUCACCAACAUGAAAUCAUGUUGUUGAUAUUUUUUAAUUACAAAGUAACAUGAUUUAAUAUUUUGUCAUGCGUAGCAUAUUUAUAUUUAUUAUUCCAAUUAUUGCCUUUAUCAUAACAAAUGACAAUUUUUGAAAUAUUUCUUUCUGUACUUAGUAUUCUUUUUCAUUAAACAUUCGAAUUAUUUAUACUUCGUUUCUAUGUUAUGUACUCAACUUGCCCUAUUUUCUCCUUUGUAUUAUUCUGUACGAUCGUAUUUAUAUAAAAAAUUGUUCCAGAAAAUACAGUCUGAAAAUGUAGAUUAAUAUACAAUGAAAAUAGAAAUUGAUACAAGACCAUAACCAGAGCUUUUAUGGGAAGGUAUGUUGUGUGCCCCUACCUCUCACAUAUGGUCAUACUAAAUCCUAAAAACAUGUUUUUAUUUCAAUAAUUCCUGUUAUUUGAUUGUCAUUACUAUUCCUUUAAGAUCUUCGUUUGUCAUAUCUUUUUGUUAACAAACAUCAUCUUACCAAAGUACUAUAUACCAGCAUGAUAUUGAGACACUACUAUAAAGAUAUUAAUACGUGUUAUAUGAACUCUCAACAAAAUAUUACAAACAAGCUAGCUAAUGUCAUUUUAUCAAUGAUGAGAGCAUUCACGAUUGACAUCUUUGUAGAAUACAUAAGUAAUCAAAAUUUCUGAAGAUAUGCCUUCCUUGAGAACUUUGGUUCAUUGCACAGUGAACAACCUAACACUUAUCUAUUAUAAUCUAAAUGAGCAGAAGUAUCUAAUAUUAAUAUGAAAUAAAUCGUCAUCUCUCUGUAUUCCAAAUGUGCUAUGUUGGACCAGGUUCAUAUUCUUUAAAUGUGCUUUGUUAUGGACAGUGGCAGAAGAAUGGAGGAAAACAUAAUGAUGUCGUGUGACAUAAACAAAGUGCGCGAAUGCCUAAUAGCAAAUAUGAGAUAGAUCUCUAAGAGAAAAAUAAAGCUCAAGUUCUUUUAUGUUGAAAUUUGAGCAAUCACAUUUUUUAUGGAUAUUUAAUUUUCUUUUUUUAAGAACAAGUUCUGGUGUCAUCUUAAGAAUGCAAAUGCUAAAGUUUCAAUAAUCUUAUGUAUUAGGUAUUUUGAAUAACAUUAUAAUUGUAUUACUAAAGAUAUAAUUAACACUCUUCACAAGAAGUAGCCAUUUUGAAUUUUAAUUUAUAUACAUUCUGAUAAGAUUAAUAAACUUUACAAAAUAACAGUUUUUUCUUUAUAAUUAUUAGUUUUGAUAAAAGGUGACACCAAAUAAAUAAUAUGAAAGAAAAUACACAUUAUAAUAAUAUUUCAUUGUGCAACAUUUAAUACAUUUAAAUGAUAUUAUAAACAUAAUCUUAGAAUUGACAAUGAGACAUAAUCUUUUUUAAGCUCAAAUAGUUAUAUAACUACUUUACAUGAAACAUUUGAUUUCUUAUAAUUAUAAAGAAAUAAGAAAUAAAAAUAUGUGCACUGUCAUCCUUUUUAGAAUACAGAGGUUAUCAUAUUACUUGUAAUGCAAUGAGAACCUAUAUUAAAUAACAGAAAAAAUGCUAAUUAUAUAAAAGUGGUACUGGAUUAAAGGAAGAAAUAUAAAAAACAUAUUAUAUGCUACUUCAAAAAAAAAAAAAAAAAAAAAAAAAAAAAUAAUAAAAAAGAUAAUAUAUUUGAUUUAUUAUUACAACUACAUAUUUUAUGUCUUUGGAGGAAAUUAUUCUCUGUGGUGGCAGUGCAAUAGCAAGACAAGAAAAAAUUUGAAAGUUAAAUAGAAAUAAAUGGUGCGUUUAACACAAAUAUGCCUUAUUUUAGUAGAUUAGUACAUUUUGCCGGAGUCUCUUAACGUUUUGAUAAAACGAAUUUGAUAAAGAACUCUAUUAAAGAAUGUUUGGAUACUCUGAGACAAAUAUAUCUGUUUACUUUUUUGAAAGGGUAUUGUCAUGAAACAUGAAGAUAUAAUGUAUUAAAGAACUACAGAUUUGAAUCUUGCCACAUCAUCACAGUGUAAAAGAAAUUAUUUUAACAAGUCUAAUUAUUAUUUAUAAAAAGUGCCAUUUAGUACCACUCUGUUUAAGAUCAAUGAACAUUGUGGAACAAUAAUUGAGUAAUAUGCAUUAUAAAUUGCAAUAUGAGAAAAUAAUGUGUCAUUGCUAUGAAUAGACGCUACAAGCAAUAUUCCAGACUUAAAUUCAUUUUGUAACCAUUAUUUUGUAUUUUCUAAAUGUUAAUGGUAUAAUGUUACGUAUAUAACAUUUGAAGUAACCCGAAGAAUUUUUUGUUGUGUAUUACAAAUACCUAACAAGAAUAAUAAAAAUUAUUUUCUUCCUUUA